UGUCACUCUAAACUACGCAAAAAUAGUUGACCAGCACACAUGAUAUGCAAUGCAAUAUAGUAUUUAAUGACUUGUCCCCUAUUAGUUGUUGUCAAUCCCCCCCCUCGUCGGUGCGCAAAAAAUUAUCUCUGCGACAAAAUCAGUUAAAAAACCCUGCCCUAGAGGGGUAAUAUCCUUGUCACCCUUUUCACACUUGACCCGUUUUCAUGCCUGCACAAUGAUAGUGGAGGGAAAGUACUUAAUUUGGUACUUUGCACAGUACUCGGUAGUUGAGUCAUAGCACUUAGUACAAAGUGUGUGUGUGAGCAGUUGAGUUGAAGCUCUUUACACUGUUUUUUAUUAAACUGACUUUUUGUUCAUAUGUCACGGGAUGAGGUGUGAUGCCACGAGAUGUGUCUUGAUGAGGAGACAUUUAAUGUCUUAAAGUUUGCAUUCUUUAGGCUGCAGCUGAUCGACUAUGAAGUGUUACAAAGGAUCAGUGAGUCUCAAACACACACACAUACACAGAGUGUGUGAGUUUCUAGAGACACACAAAGUUACAUCAGACAUUUGAGUCAACAGAUUAAAUCUAAAUAUCUAAGAAUGACACAGACUCCCUUUUGUCUUAAUACUUUUCAUCAUUUAUUCAUUUAAUUAUUUGCAAAGAAAACUUUUCUUUUGUGAGCACUUGAAGUAAACAAAGCUUUAUGGUUGUACUUCUACUACAUCUAUUAAUUACAUUUACAUGUGUAAAUGUGGUGAAAACAAAAAAACUGAAAAAUCUUUUUCAUUUAAGUAAAAUUUACAAAAGAUUUAGGUGAUAUUAAUGCAGAAUGAUUUAUACUCUUGUGUUGUAAUUAUCCAUAUAUUCAUGUGUUCGUCUGGUAAAGGGGGAAUCAUUUUAAUAUGAUAUUAUAGAACAAACAUCCAAGAUGACUUUGGUUCAUUUUCUUUUAAUAAUCUGUAAAACAAAAUGAAGCUGACAGACAAAGGUAGUCCAGUAAAACAUACAAUAUUUAUCAUUAUCAAAUAAGAACUCUGGGUUUCAUAUUCAGAGGAUUUUAGUAUCAUCAAUUCCUCCGCCAGGUUUAAAGGACAGAUUAAAUCUUUCUUUAGAGGCCCGGCGUCAAGCUUCUGCGUUUCUGUUGUUGCAGUCUUUGUUGCUUCACACAGGAAACAGGAAGUCAGGAAGUCUCAGAGAGAAUAAAGGCGCGCAGGAGUAUUUAGAUGAUGUAACCUCUGAGCAGGAACCAGAACAAUACGCAAGAAACAAUAUUCCAACCAAAACUAUCCCAGUAAGUAAAAUUCUCCAUUAUUGAUCAACCCCUCCAGAAUAAGAGAAAACAUCUGGCAUAUUGGGAUCAUUAUUAUUAUUAUUGGUAAUAGGACAAUAUCCACAAUCGGACCACAAAACAGAAAUAAGCUCAACAACCAGAUUCAUCAGAUCAUUAAUAUAAUUAAUAGUGAAUAAAACCACUCGUCAGAUACUAAAUACUAAACAUCACUGGUGUAAUAAUCUUACUCUGUAACCGUUAAUAAAACUGACAGAUGAAGGCCUCCAGGCAAAAGUAAAAUAUUUCCUCUUCAGAGGGAGAGAAGUGGAAUGUAUUAAGUUUCUUCAUUAUGAGAUAUGAGCAGCUUUGUGAUUUUAAUGAGACAUUUUAUUGGAAAUUAAACAAAAGAUGUGAUGAGUACUUUAAUAAAUGAGAAUACGUGGUGUUUUAUGACAGAAAGCCUUAAAUGUAUUACAAAAGAACAAUGACAGACGUUAUUUAACAAAUUGACAUUAUUAUUAUAAGUCUGAAUAUAAUCACAUUAUUUAACCUUUCACUAAAAAUGCUUCUUCGAAAUAAAAAUGAAAAACAUUUAAUGUGAGGAAUGCUUUUAAUGUGAAAGGGUUAUUUUCUAUAUCUCUGGAGCAGUUCGGUGGCUAAAAAUCAGCAAGUUUAUUGAUUCAUAUUUAUAAACCUUUGUAUUUAUGUAAAUGUAUUUAUAUUUAUUUUAUUCAACCAGAUAAAUCAUCUGAGAAGUAGUUAUGUUUAAAAUAAUCACCUGGUCAAGGGGGCAGUGACAGGAAGUGAACAUAUAAAGUUAAAUUGAUUUGAACCGUAUGAUCACAGGAACAUGUGGCUGUCUUCACAGACAGGUCAGAAAGUACAACUCCCAGUGCCACAAACUGUUCCAGACCGUCCCCAAGGACGAGAUCCUCAUGAAAGACAUCAUUCUGCAGGGGAGACUCUACAUCUCCAGGAACUUCCUCUGUUUCUACGCCAACCUGUUUGGUAAAGACAUCAAGUGGUGGAGAAAGCCUUCCCUCCCGGUUGUGUCCUUGUCCCUGCCAACUCCUCCCCCGGCCUCGCUGCAGACACACCCUUUAUCACGCACACACUCACAGCGGCUUCUUCCUGGUCCUGUCCUCCUGCUACUUGGGCUUCAGAGUGUGUCGCCUGGAGCAGCAGAUGAGCUUUCUGAGCAGCCAGCCGACACUGAGGGACAGAUGUGGAGAGUUGUCCUGCUGGCUGGCCAAUCAGAGGACAAGAACCUGAAAGAGUCAAUCAGGGAGUACAAGAAGAAAAACCUGCAAUUACAUAGAUUUCCUAUCGAGGGGCGGGGUCAACCUGGUUACCAUAGAGACACAACGGUCCCACCUCUCGAGAGGUCAGGAGACCGGAGGGACGGCGUUGUGCUGUUACAUAACAGAUGUGUGGGUGUGUGCAUGUACAGUCAGUUACAUUUAGCAGAAACCUACAUUUACUUGACACUUUCUCACUGAUUUUAAGUCACAUGUCUAAUUUAUUUACUACUCAGAGAUGACAUUUGCACCUCUAAAUCAAGCUGUUUUUUGGAUCAGAAGUCCCCAACCCUUUUCAUCUCAUGGACCGGUCAACGUGUGGCAGAUAAACACAAAGAAAUAGAGAUACGAUCUGCAUGGUAUUGUGGAAUUUUAUGGUGUAAAUAUAAAGGUACAGUCAGGCACGUGCACAGACAUUUUGGGGGGCAGGUGCUCAAAACAAAACAAACCAAAACAAAAGGGCAAGCAACCUCCUGAUUCUUUAUGAAAAUAAAAAUAAUAAAUGAUAUAUAUAUAAUAAAUUAAAAAUAAUAAAUGAUAUAAAUAAAUAACAAUAUUUUCAGUUGAAGCAUGUGGUAUAUAAUAUACCACAAUAAACCUCACCAGACUGUCAUGCAGCUCAACUUAAGGCAUACCUUUCAUUUCAAUAAUUGUAUAUCAAACAAAACAGGUGAACUUGUCUAAUUUGUAGAACAGUAAAACUGCCUUUAACUUAACUUCCUGUCUGCAUCUGUUUUUCUCUCUUCAUUAAACAUGACAAACAUCAGUAAACAGCUGGACAAGGCUUUGAAAUCACGAAUUAUUUUUUUUAUUCAUUUGAAAGUAUUUUGUUCAUUUGUAUGAAAUUAGUUUAUUUUAUGAGGUAAAAAUGAAGUACCUGGGGAAUACCAAGUACUUUAUUAAAUACAUGGUAUUCCGUUUUAGUACUUAUUGGAUGUAAAGUAAUGUGGUAUAUAUAUAAUUCCUUGGGCUAGGGCAGCAAGCCCAAAGUGUGGGCCGCGAGAGGUCAUUUACAAUGAAUAAAGUUAAUUUUUAAAA